AAAAUAUUGUAACAUACUAUAACAUAUUAAUAUCUGUAAAUAUGAGAUCAAGACGAAGCCAACUAAACUCCUUCAAUGUUGUGUGCAGAAGACAUGAAGCAUGAUCGCAAGCCGAUGAUUAAUUACAGUAACGCUUGAAGGUGAGAACCAGCCUGCCAGGUCUUAGUGUUGCUGCCUUUUUCUCAGGUUUAUUUCUGAGCAUUGACGAACAGCAUUUUGAUUCAUGAUCAUUGAUGUGUUCCAUGCAAAUCGCAUGUCAGGAGUGGUAGUGACAUGGAUCAGGCGUUGAAUACAUCGCUGCAGUCUAGUGCACUCAAACUUGGAGAAACGCCUAAAGGGCUUUCUGCCUUUGAGCACCAUGGCGGAGGAAGAAGGAAGCAAAACCUCCUGGAGAUGUGUAGCGGGUACAUUCUAUGCCUUCAUCUCGGCAGCUUUCACCAUAUAUUUGGUCGUGACACUCAUCACAAGGCCCUUGUUUCCGAUUAGGUCAGACUCAGCAGAGUGGUCGUCCUCCUGGUUGCUGCUAGCUGUCCUGGACUACUACCACAUGGCUGCCUGCUUUUGCGGUAUUGUCAUUGCGACAGAGACACGGAUAGCUAGCACCAUUUGGUGCCUACUGAUCCUCCUUCUCGGAGCUCCGUUUGCCACGUUGUACACUGCCAAACAGAUUGGGAUUGCAAACACCCUGACAUUGCGCGAGGACUACGUAGCUGUGACCGCAUAUUCUGUCCACAAGCCUGAAAAGCCUUUGGCUGGAUUUGUUGGAUACAUUGUAGCUGCCAGCUAUGUCCUCAUUGGCGGUGGUUUCACGGCCCAGUUGGUCCUGACUAUCAUACACUAUCCUUUGACUAGCCUGGCCACCGAUGAUGCCGAGUGGGCAUACAGCUGGUUUGUCACUACAGUGCUUGACUUCUACACCAUAGCAGUUUGCAUGAUCGGUAUCAUCUUGUCUACUGAUGAUAUGUGCCCUGGCCUGGCAUGGAGCAUAGGGAUCCUGGUCAUCACUGGGCCACCGGGCUCCGCAUGGAUGGCGCAAAGACUUCUCAGGGGGCGGCCCCUGGCUUUGGAAUGACCAUGCGGUUUGCUCAUCUGACUGUUGUGCUGCAUGAGCAGCGAGGCAAUUCACUUGCAUGGCCUGUGUUUGGCAGGCCUCGGCUUGAGCAGAGGAACCCACAUGGAAAACCUGGGGUUUCCGAACACUUGGAUAGAUCGAGUUUGCCUGACGGAACCACCGUACAGAUAGCGUUGAUCUUACAAUUACAAGAUCAAUGCAUGGGCCAACAUUGACGGUUUUCAGCCUCCUUUUGCAUUGCGGCUUCUGAGAAAA